UAAGCAUUAACCGCGGAUGUCUUCACUUCUUCAUUUUUCAGUUCUUCACUCUUGGCCGUAGAUAAGUAUAUAUAUCUUGACUCUUCAGUUUUCACUGACAGACUUUACUAAGUUCGUUUUACUACUGAAGGAAGUUGGGAAUUUAAAAUACUAAAUUUUGUUAUAUUGCAUUACAUAAUCAACAAAAUAAUAAUAAUUAAAAUAUUUAAAAUGUUAGGCAUCAAUCUGUUUAGAAAUAUCAGAUAUUUUUCAACUAGUUAUUGUUUAAGAUUAGAUAUGUCUUGGAGAACUUUAAAAAAACUGCCUCUGAACCCAAUGGAUAGAGGAGUUCUAACGGAUGGUGCUGAUUACAUUUUUUUGGAUGGGCGUCCUACCCCAUUUGGAAUGAAACAAAAACGAAAACUUUUGCUUCAAAGAGAAUAUGCUAAAAAAAUUGUUCAACUCAGUGAAAGUUUAGACAUUGCAAAAGAACGGUAUGCGAUGAAAGUUGGAGAAGAAGAAGAAAAGAUAAAACACGUAUUGGAUAGAAAACUUAGGCCCAAAGGAAAUAAAAAUACUCAGGACAAAUAGUCUUCAUGUAUUUAUUAUAAUUCAAAAAUAUUUAGGUAGAAAACACAUUUUGUACAGAAAGUUAUAAUUUAAUUCAUUGCAAUAAAAACAAUUAUACAAAAC